AUGGAUCAAAUUUUCGCUGUACAAGAGGCCCAUGCCGAUGCCGUUGAUCACCGGCAUUACGAAGCUGGUACCGCCAACGGCAAACAAGCAUCUAGCGAUAUUAAGACUAGCACUAUCCGCAGCACUCUGACUAGGGAAAAGAUCGAGAAGGUAGGUUAUGAUGACCGAUUGCAUAGAGACAGCCGUCCAUCCAGUGAUGAAAGUGGAAACAAUAGGGACGGCAAUGUGAACGCGGUGGGAGUAUCGAAUGCUCCAGCCAAAGAGAAUAAGUGA